CAUCCUGCCAAUGCCGGCUUUAUCGGGCAGCGCUAGCAAGCUGAGCCUUCGCUCGAGAAGAGAGUUGCCUGGUUCAGUGGUUGGAACGCCAAGUGGCAACUCCAGGUUUGCAGCAACAGCCCAUCCAAGGGUGAGCCGCUAAUUAGCCCUGCCCUCGGGAGCUACGAGCAUGGCUCCUCCUCGUGAAGGAGCGCUGGCGCCCUCUUCUCCAGCUGAUCUUGACGAUGCUCUGCGCAAGCUGCACGUUGCCUCGGUGGACCUCCCGGUGUCGAAGCUCGAGUGCAGGACUGCGUGGGAUGGCUUGACGGAGCAGGAGAAGCAGUACGCCCACUUCUUUGCCACUGCAGCAUGGGCGGGGGCCAAGAUCUGUGCAGUGCAGCUCUCACAGGAGAGCGCUCCGCUGGGGCAGCUGCUGCUGCUGCUGUUCUCGGGGCAGUCCGUGGCAGAGCUCAAGGCAAGGAGCAUGGGUGCUGGGGUCAGCGAGGAAGAGUGGAAGGCGUUUGUCGCAUACGCAGCAGCCGUCUUUGCAAAUCUGGGCAACUACCUCAGCUUUGGCGACAGCAAGAUCAUCCCGGGCUUGCCCAGCGCACAGCUGGAGCGCAUCCUGGCACAGGCCGCGCUGCAGGAUUCUGAUCGGGAGCAUCUGCAACAACUUUGGUCCCAGUACGGCGCCAAGGCCUACUCGUUGGAACCAGGCGAGCGUGCGCUGGGCCUGGCUCCCGAUGGCAUCAGCUGCUACUACUCGCCGGGCAUCCAAAAGGCGGAGAUCGACGCCGUGCAGGGUUGGAUGUCCCAGGCGGGAAUUGAGGCGUGGAACACGCGCAUCUUCCGCCGCGACACGCCCGCAGGCGCGCUCCCCGAGUACGACCUGCGCAUCGCCUCGGCGCACACCCGGCCCGUCGAGUCGCAUUCCCUACAGGGCGGCGGUGUGGUGCACGUGGUAUACGGCGACCACUGUGAGGAGCUGCGCGUGCUGGUGGACGCCCUGAAGCAGGCCUUGCCGCACGCUGCCAACGACAACCAAAAGCAGAUGCUCCACGAGUACAUCCGGCACUUUGAGACGGGCGACAUCGGCGCCCACAAGGACUCGCAGCGCUGCUGGAUCAAGGACCAGGGGCCCGUUGUGGAGACCAACAUCGGGUUCAUUGAGAACUAUCGCGAUCCGGUUGGGUCCUGUGCCGAGUUCGAGGGUUUCGUGGCGGUGGUCAACAAGGAACAGAGCGCCAAGUUCGGCGCGCUCGUCGCGGCCGCGCCUGCGCUGCUGCCCACGCUGCCCUGGCCGCGCGAGUUCGAGAAGGACGCCUUCCGCAAGCCAGACUUCACCUCCCUCGAGGUUGUGGCGUUCGCCAACGGCGGCAUCCCCGCGGGCAUCAACAUCCCCAACUACGACGACCUGCGGCAGCACGACGGCUUCAAGAAUGUGUCGCUGGGCAACGUGCUGGCCGCCAAGGACAGCGACGACCGCGUCCCGUUUCUACAAGACGCCGACCAGCAGCUGUGGAAGGAGUUCAAGGGAAAGGCCUUCGAGGUACAGGUGGGCUGCCACGAGUUGCUGGGGCACGGGUCGGGCAAGCUGUUCCACCGGGGCAGUGACGGCGUCUUCGACUUUCCGCACGGCAGCCUGGCAAACCCGGAGACGGGCGCCCCCGUGGCCAGCUGGUACGAGGCGGGCCAGAGCUGGGACAGCGUGUUCGGCGCCAUCAGCAGCAGCUACGAGGAGUGCCGCGCCGAGUGCGUCGGCAUCUUCCUCGCGGCGAACGAGCAGGUGUUGUCCAUUUUCGGGCACGAGGGGCAGGAGGCGGGCGAUGUGAUGUACGUCAACUGGCUGCUCAUGGCGCGCGGGGGCCUGCUCGCGCUCGAGAUGUACACCCCCGAGACGCGCGCGUGGCGGCAGGCGCACAUGCAGGCGCGGUUUGCCAUUCUGAACGUUUUCCUGCGGGCCACGCAGCGGGACACCUCGCCGGGGGACCCCUUCGUGCAGGUCAAGUGGGUGGGCGACAACGACGCGGUGGUCGUUCUGAACCGCGCCAAAAUCGCAUCGGUGGGCGUCCCCGCGGUGGGCGCGUUCCUGCGGCAGCUGCAGGUGUUCAAGGCCACCGCUGACAUCGGCCGUGGCGGGGCGCUCUACGCCGACCUUACUACAGUCUCUCCCGACUUUCUGCAGCUGCGCCGAGUGGUCAUGGAGCAGAAGAAGCCGCGCCCCGUCUUCUGCCAGGCGCACACUGUGCUGGACGAAAGCGCUCCAGGGGGAGUCCGCCUGCUCGAGUUUGACGCCUCCCACGAGGGGCUCAUUGAGUCCAGCGUUGCACGCUUUGGAAAAGUGUUCUGAUACCAUUCCCCCUCAGGCAUGUGCCUGCGUGAUCAGAUCAGCGCCGAUGGAGUUCGAGCCGCUAGCCUUGAGUUGACCCAAGUCGGACGUUGGUGACUACGACAAUAAAAUCGAGCCAUGCAGCCCCCAAUGUCGAUCAUUGUCAUGCAUUGUGCAAUCUUCGGCAAAUCAAUUUUCGACCGAUACCCGCACAAUCCCAAUCGUCCCGCUCAUUGGGCUUGCAUCAAUAGCGGCAA